AUGGACAUUGAAGACCUGCACCUUGCCUGUUUGGCACAGAUCCCGGAGGGCGGAGGCCCCUGCCGGCUGGAGCUUGAAGACCUUGUAGAGUCCAAGAAGCAAGUGCGAGCUCCGCAAGCACGAGAGGAUGGCUUGAAGCUUUUUGCCCGUGUCACAGAAUCGGACCGGGCUCGGGCAUUGCAGCGGCCGCCGCUGAUCCUGUCCUGCUCCAGGCGGACAGAUGUGCCCUGGGCUUUUCUGCGGCAGUACCUGAAGGCCUUCCGCGAAGGCUUCAUGUACGUGCGGAGCCCCGUGACUGGGCAAAUGGAUCCUGUGUGUCUUGUGCCUUAUGAUGAGCUUACUGGCAAAGGCGUGCUGUGCAUCAGCUGGUGGUCGAAGAACUAUUCAAAGUGGAUCGAGGAGUUCAAAAGGGAGGACAGCAUCCUCCGCAGUUACAAAGUUCACAUGUUUAACUUCACCGUGAACUCCGAUGAUCUUGUGCUGGAGCCGGGCUUGACGGCACGUUUGCCGGAGCGGCUUCAGCAAGUCACUUGGCUGGCCAAGCGCUUCGGGCCUCAUGCGUUGAACAUUCGCUUCGACCCCAUUGUCCACUAUCGGCGCGUGCCGGAGCUCGGCAUCCAUGACAACCUGCAAGACUUUGAGCAGAUCGUGUGCCACAUCGGUGGUUUGGGCAUUCGCCACAUCACCUUCAGCUUCUGCAAAGCCUACAAGCAGUCCGUCAGGAACAUGCUCUCAGCAAACGUGGAGCUGGUGGCGCUGUCGGAAGCACAGCAGCGCCAGGUGCUGGACCGCCUGCUGCCCUUGGCUGCACGGCAUGGUGUGGAGCUGCGCUGCUGCUGCGACACAGGCCUCGUGGGCUACCGUGCGCAGGCAGCGCAGGCGACCGCUCCGGAGGUGCGGAAGGUGCGCCGCUGGGGCCUCAAGAAGGAGAAGAAGGAGGAGGGCGAGAAGGGCGAGAAGGGCGACAAGGAGAAGGUAGCGCGGCAACUCCUCGCUGCGCCGCUUAUCCCGGAGGUCGGGGAGUCGCGGUGCCUGGACGCACGCCUGGCAGACCGGCUGGCCCGGGAUUUGGGUCUGAAAGUGACCUUUCCACACCAGAAAGACCGAGGUCAGCGGGAGCAGUGCAAUUGCACAGGGAGUAGGGAGAUUGGCCAGUACGAGCUGCAGUGUCCACACUCUUGCCUCUACUGCUAUGCCAACCCGAAGCCAGUGCAACCUGGAGCGCCUGGCGGCGGCUGA